CUCUCACGAGAGGAUUAACUAGAGAACGUCACGGGUCACGUGUACAUUGUUUGUAGCGCUUACAGUGUCCAUAGGCUCGCGAAAAUGGACAUAGACUAUGCCGAACAAAUCUCACCGUAGAGCGUUGGUCCGCGUCGUCUGCCAGGAUGCUCCCCAGCCUGGCCCAUAGACCGUGGCAAUUCUUCUGCAGGAUCUCCUGGAGGCACAGAUCGAGGUUCCACCAGCCGUGCCUUGGUUGGCAAACCGGCGCCGCAUAUCCCUCGUGGUUCAGACCACUGGACUGCCGAGUUGCCUCGCUGGGAGCAGCCAAGGUCCACUUCUACUCCACCUUUGGAAACAGCAAAGAUGGACCUCCGAAAUCUCCGUCGGAUGCCACUGAAAAAGUGGCUGCCAAACCAAACAUAAACACUCCAGGUACUGCAGUUAAGGGGCUCACUAAAACAGAGACUAUUCAAGUGAAAGUUCGGGCCGUCCUGAAGAAGCGGGAAUAUGGCGCAAAGUAUACUCAGAACAACUUCAUCACGGCUGUCCGAGCCAUGAAUGAAUUCUGUCUUAAACCAAGUGACCUGGAGCACCUUCGCAAGAUCCGAAGGCGCAGCCCCCACGAUGACACAGAGGCCUUCACUGUGUUCCUGCGCUCGGACGUGGAGGCAAAAGCAUUGGAUGUGUGGGGAAGCCAAGAAGCUCUGGCCAGGGAGAGAACCCUACGGAAAGAAGUGGAGAGAGAGUACCAAGAAAAUAUCUUUCGUAGUCAGCAGCUGUUGAAGGAAUAUAAAGACUUCUGGGGAAACACAAGGCCUCGAUCAGGCAAGAGGGCAACAUUUCUACAAGGUCCAGGCAAAGUGGUCAUGGUUGCCAUUUGCAUAAAUGGGCUGAACUUCUUUUUCAAGCUGUUGGCGUGGGUCUACACAGGCUCAGCGAGCAUGUUCUCCGAAGCCAUCCACUCUCUAGCCGACACCUGCAAUCAGGCCCUGCUGGCUCUGGGCAUCAGCCAGUCGGUGCGGAACCCCGACGCCGGGCAUCCGUACGGCUUCUCCAACAUGCGCUACAUCGCCUCCCUCAUAAGUGGCGUGGGCAUUUUCAUGAUGGGCGCUGGCCUUUCCUGGUACCAUGGCAUCAUGGGACUGCUGCACCCCGAGCCUAUAGAGUCUUUAUUAUGGGCAUACUGCAUUUUGGCAGGUUCUCUGGUGUCUGAAGGAGCCACACUGCUGGUAGCCAUCAAUGAGAUAAAGCGAAGCGCCCAAAAACACAGACUCUCCUUUUAUGAAUAUGUAAUGCAGAGUCGAGAUCCGAGCACCAACGUGGUGCUACUUGAGGAUACCGCUGCAGUGCUCGGUGUCAUCAUGGCUGCGGGCUGCAUGGGACUCACGUCACUCACUGGUAAUCCUUACUAUGACAGUUUGGGCUCGCUGGGAGUGGGAACGCUGCUUGGCACAGUCUCUGCCUUCCUCAUCUACACCAACACAGAGGCACUGCUUGGACGCUCCAUACAGGCCGAGCAAGUCCAGAAACUCACAGAGUUCUUGGAGAAUGACCCGGCUGUGAGGGCUAUCCAUGACGUAAAGGCCACCGAUAUGGGACUGAGCAAAGUGCGCUUUAAGGCGGAAGUUGACUUUGAUGGCCGAGUGGUGACACGCUCUUAUCUGGAAAAGCAAGAUAUCGACCAAAUCCUCAAUGACAUUCAACAGGUGAAGACGCCGGAGGAUCUAGAGAGCUUCAUGCUGAAACACGGUGAGAAUAUUAUCGACACCCUGGGCGCUGAGGUGGACCGCUUAGAGAAAGAACUCAAGCAACGUAAUCCAGAGGUCCGUCAUGUAGACCUGGAGAUCUUAUAACAACACUAACAUGAUGCUUAAGGACCUGCAAGAUGAAGAAGAGGAAAAAGGACGAGCACUCCUGCCUCUGCCGUCCACCUCCCAUUCCUUAUAGAAAAGCUCUGCCUCCUCACAGGCUUCCGUGCAAAGACACUUGAACAGUUAACAGUACCAAACAGU